AUGACAGAGGAAAGCAAAGGGGAAGGCAAGGGGGAAAGCGGGAAGGAUUUGGAGAAGCAGCUUCGCCUGCGCGUCUGCGUCCUCAACGAGCUGCUCAAGACGGAGCGGGACUACGUGGGCACGCUGGAGUUCCUGGUGUCGGCUUUCCUUCACCGAAUGAUCCAAUGUGCUACAGCCAAAGUGGAUAAAAAUGUCACAGAAGAGACAGUUAAGAUGUUGUUUUCAAAUAUUGAAGAUAUUCUUGCAGUGCACAAAAACUUCCUGUCCCUGGUGGAGGAGUGCUUACAGCCAGAACCUAAUGCGCAGCAUGAAAUUGGAACCUGCUUUCUUCAUUAUAAAGAGAAAUUCCGUAUCUAUGAUGAAUACUGCAGUAACCACGAGAAGGCACAGAAAGUUCUGCUUGACCUUAACAAAAUAAGAACAGUGCGGACAUUUCUUUUGAAUUGCAUGCUCCUUGGAGGACGCAAGAACACAGAUGUACCAUUGGAGGGAUAUCUGGUAACGCCGAUACAGAGAAUAUGCAAGUAUCCCCUUCUUUUGAAGGAGUUACUGAAGCGGACUCCGAGGAAGCACAGUGACUAUGCGGCACUAAUGGAAGCCCUCCAGGCCAUGAAAGCUGUCUGUUCCAACAUAAAUGAGGCCAAGAGACAAAUGGAAAAACUAGAGUUUUUGGAAGAAUGGCAGUCUCAUGUUGAAGGAUGGGAGGGGUCCAACAUCACAGACACAUGCACAGAAAUGCUGCGAAGUGGACUACUACUGAAAAUUUCAGCUGGAAAUAUCCAAGAGAGGAUAUUUUUUCUUUUUGAUAACCUUUUGGUCUACUGCAAAAAAAAGCACAGGCGAUUGAAGAACAGCAAAGCAUCUACAGAUGGCCACCGUUACCUUUUUCGGGGCAGAAUAAACACAGAAGUGAUGGAAGUAGAGAAUGUAGAUGACGGAACAGCUGACUAUCACAGCAGCGGCCACACUGUUAUUAAUGGCUGGAAGAUCCACAACACAGCAAAGAACAAAUGGUUUGUAUGCAUGGCAAAAACCCCUGAAGAGAAGCAAGAAUGGCUGGAAGCUAUUUUGAAAGAGCGAGAGAGAAGAAAAGGUCUAAAAUUGGGCAUGGAACAGGACACUUGGGUGAUGAUCUCUGAGCAAGGAGAAAGACUGUACAAAAUGAUGUGCAAACAAGGGAAUCUCAUCAAAGACAGGAAGAGGAAAUUAACGACUUUCCCCAAAUGCUUUCUUGGAAGUGAAUUUGUGUCCUGGUUGUUGGAAAUUGGAGAGAUACACAAAUCUGAAGAAGGUGUUCAUCUUGGACAAGCUUUAUUAGAGAAUGGCAUUAUCCAUCAUGUUACAGAUAAGCACCAAUUCAAACCUGAACACAUGCUGUACAGAUUCCGAUAUGAUGAUGGAACAUACUACCCCAGAAAUGAGAUGCAGGAUGUGAUCUCUAAGGGUGUACGGCUGUACUGUCGCCUUCACAGUCUGUUUACCCCAGUAAUUAGGGAUAAAGAUUAUCACUUGAGAACCUACAAAUCUGUGGUCAUGGCUAACAAACUCAUAGACUGGUUGAUUGCACAGGGGGAUUGCCGGACGAGGGAGGAAGCUAUGAUAUUCGGUGUAGCUCUUUGUGAUAACGGGUUUAUGCACCAUGUGUUAGAGAAAAGCGAAUUUAAAGAUGAACCGCUACUGUUCCGUUUUUAUGCGGAUGAAGAAAUGGAAGGGUCAAAUAUGAAACACAGGCUCAUGAAACAUGAUCUGAAAGUAGUGGAAAAUGUCAUAGCCAAGUCAUUACUGAUUAAAUCUAAUGAAGGCACCUAUGGUUUUGGUUUAGAAGAUAAAAAUAAGGUGCCAAUUAUUAAAGUGGUGGAGAAAGGAUCAAAUGCUGAGAUGGCAGGCUUGGAAGUUGGGAAAAAAAUCUUUGCCAUUAACGGUGACCUGGUUUUUCUGCGACCCUUCAGUGAAGUGGAUUGCUUCCUGAAAGCAUGUUUAAACAGCAGAAAGCCCCUGCGGGUUCUUGUGAGCACUAAACCACGGGAGACAGUGAAGAUUCCUGACUCCGCAGAUGGACUCGGAUUCCAAAUCCGAGGCUUUGGUCCAUCAGUUGUUCAUGCUGUUGGUAGAGGAACAGUGGCGGCUGCAGCAGGUCUUCACCCUGGCCAAUGCAUAAUCAAAGUGAAUGGAAUUAAUGUCAGCAAAGAGACUCAUGCAAGUGUUAUUGCUCAUGUCACGGCAUGCAGGAAGUACAGGCGGCCAAUGCAGCAAGAUUCUAUACAGUGGGUUUACAACAGCAUUGAAAGUGCGCAGGAAGAUCUUCAGAAAACAAACACCAAACCCUCUGGAGAUGAUGGAGGGGAUGCCUUUGACUGCAAAGUGGAAGAGGUAAUUGACAAGUUUAACACUAUGGCAAUAAUCGAUGGGAAGAAAGAUCAUGUGAGUCUGACUGUAGACAAUGUUCAUUUGGAGUAUGGAGUGGUUUACGAAUAUGACAGCACAGCUGGAAUAAAGUGCCAUGUGUUAGAAAAAAUGAUUGAACCAAAGGGGUUUUUCAGCUUGACUGCAAAGGUAUGA